UCCAUCCUUUCGUUUUUGCUGUAACACCUGCUGGAGACUGCUAGGAACUAUUCUCCACCUUCCUUUGUUUCCAGUCCUUUAGUUUUUGCCGUGACCCCUGCUAGGAACUACAACUGUUUUCCACCCUCACUUUUUGCUGCAACACCCUGCUCUGGGGUUGCUAGGAAACCAUUUUUUUAUUUCUUUAUUUAUUUUUUUUCCGUAACGAUUCUCUAUCAUUUCCAGUCCAUCACCAGGAACUAUUCUCCACCUUUCUCUUGUUUCCAGUCCUUCGCUCAUUACUGUAACACCUGCUAGGGCCUGACAGACACCUAUUCUCCAUCACUUUUUGCCAUAACACCCCCCCCCACACACACAAACCCUUGCAGGACCCGGUCAUGUCACUAGGGGGCGUUAGCGGCUGCGUGCGGGCGCCGUGCCCACGCCGCAGGUGGCACACGUGCCUGGUGUGGUUGGCACUGAGGCUGGCGCUGUCCUCAUGCCAGCGGGCCGCUGACCUCAGCGCCCCCAAACACCCCAUCGUCGCCACGGGUUACGGGAAGCUCCGCGGGAUACGAAAGGAGCUGAAUAACGAGAUCCUGGGCCCAGUGGAUCAGUACCUGGGCGUGCCGUACGCCACCGCGCCGGUGGGCGAGCGGCGCUUUCAGCCCCCCGAGGCGCCGGGCUCCUGGCAGGACAUCCGAAACGCCACCCAGUUUGCCCCUGUGUGCCCGCAGAACAUCCACGGCGUUCUGCCCGAGAUCAUGCUGCCCGUCUGGUUCACGGACAACCUGGAUGCCGCCGCCGCCUACGUCCAGAACCAGAGCGAGGACUGCCUGUACCUCAACAUAUACGUCCCCACCGAGGAUGGUCCGCUCACAAAAAAACACGAUGAGUCUUCGAUGAACAGGCCGAGGGAUGAAGAUAUCCGAGAUCGUCGGAAGAAGCCGGUUAUGCUGUUCAUUCAUGGCGGUUCGUAUAUGGAGGGUGCGGGAAACAUGUUUGAUGCGAGCGUGCUCGCUGCCUACGGCAACGUCAUAGUGGUCACCAUGAACUACAGACUGGGGGUGCUGGGCUUUCUGAGCACUGGAGAUCAGUCGGCUAAAGGGAAUUACGGCCUGCUGGAUCAGAUCCAGGCUCUGCGCUGGCUCAAUGAGAAUAUCGGCCAUUUCGGGGGCGACCAGGAGAGGAUCACUAUCUUCGGCUCCGGCGCCGGGGCGUCCUGCGUCAACCUGCUUAUCCUGUCCCAUCACUCUGAGGGACUGUUCCAGAGGGCCAUCGCCCAAAGCGGCUCGGCAAUCUCCAGCUGGUCCGUUAACUACCGGCCGCUCGACUACACCAAGAUCCUGGCCAAGAAGGUGGGCUGCAGCUACAGCGACACGGCCGACCUGGUGGACUGUCUGCGGAGGAAGAGUUUUCGGGAGCUGGUGGAUCAGGACAUCCAGCCGGCGCGAUAUCACAUCGCCUUCGGACCCGUGGUGGACGGAGACGUGGUGCCAGACGACCCCGAAAUCCUCAUGCAGCAGGGAGAGUUCCUGAACUAUGACAUCUUGCUGGGGGUGAAUCAAGGUGAAGGGCUGAAGUUUGUGGACGAUAGCGAGGGAGAGGACGGCAUCUCCGCUGCCUCGUUCGACUACACCAUUUCCAAUUUUGUGGACAACCUCUACGGAUACCCAGACGGUAAAGACAUUCUGCGCGAAACCAUAAAGUUCAUGUACACGGACUGGGCUGACCGGGAUAACGGUGACAUGCGGCGGAAAACGCUGCUCGCGCUUUUCACCGACCACCAGUGGGUGGCGCCGGCAGUAGCCACGGCAAAGCUGCAUGCAGAAUUCCAGUCUCCGGUUUAUUUCUAUACCUUCCACCACCACUGCCAGACGGAGGCGCGGCCGGAGUGGGCCGACGCGGCGCACGGUGACGAGAUCCCCUACGUGUUCGGGGUGCCCAUGGUGGGGGCCACCGACCUCUUCCCCUGCAACUUCUCCAAAAACGACGUAAUGCUCAGCGCCGUCGUCAUGACCUACUGGACCAACUUCGCCAAAACUGGUGAUCCGAACAUUCCGGUGCCGCAGGACACCAAGUUCAUCCACACUAAGCCCAACCGCUUUGAGGAGGUCAUCUGGACCAAGUUCAGCUCCAAGGACAAGCAGUACCUGCACAUCGGCCUGAAGCCUCGCGUCCGCGACAACUACCGUGCCAAUAAGGUGGCCUUCUGGCUGGAGCUGGUCCCUCACCUGCACACGCUGCAUGAAGAAAUCGUCAACUCCAUCACCACCCGCCUGCCGCCCGGAGGAGGCGGGGGUGGGUCCCACCGGCCCGGCCGGAAGGGUCCGGUGCAGGGUCCGGGGACACGAUCCACGAGGCAUCCGGUGGUGUCCACUUACCCUCCGGAUUCAGAUCCGGAAGGUUCGGAACGUCCUCGCUUUUCUCCGUUUCCAGAAGCCACUCGGGAUUAUUCGACUGAGCUGAGCGUGACGGUUGCCGUGGGAGCAUCACUGCUUUUCCUCAAUGUCCUGGCCUUCGCUGCCCUCUACUACAAGCGCGACAAGCGGCACGAGCUCCUCCAGCGCAGGCAUCGUCGUCUUUCUCCUCAACGUGGUGCCGGAGGCCCCGGGGCGGGCAUCGCGGGCAUAGCGGGCAUAGCGGGUAUGGCUCCGCCCCACAACGACCUGGCACUGAGCCAGGAGGAGGAGCUAAUGUCCCUCCAGAUGAAGCAACAAAGGGUAGAGCUGGACCACGGCACCCCCUUGGCGCCGCGCGGUCUGCACGGUGACCUAGAGCCCCUGCGCCCACCUGUGUGCCCGCCGGACUACACACUGGCGCUGCGGCGGGCGCCCGAGGACGUGCCGCUAAUGACGGCCAAUGCCCUCUCUAUGAUGCCCAGCACCAUCACCGGCAUGCAGCCCCUCCAUGCCUUCAACACUUACCCCCCCGCACCAGCCCCCAGCUCCAGCCACAGCAACAACGCCCUGCCCCACCAGCACUCCACCACACGCGUAUAGUAGUAGCGCCUCCAGGAAGGGGGCCAAGCACUUCGACCUUUGCGAACUCGGCACCCCGUAUGUUCGGAA